AUGUCAACCGUUUCUACAAUCCUGCCCGAAGGGGCCGGGUAUGGUGUCGUCGUAGGUAUCGGGUUCUUCUUCACGGCUGUCAUGUGUGGGAUAUCAAUGCUGCAGCAGAAUAAAUAUACCAAUUUCUCCACAAAGACCAGCGAGGAGUUUAACACAGCGAGCAGGAGUAUCAAGCCUGGUCUUAUAGCCGCAGGUAUUGUGUCGGCAUGGACUUGGGCAGCGACACUACUGCAAAGUAGCACCGUUGCAUAUACCUAUGGUGUUGCAGGGCCUUUCUGGUAUGCCGCUGGAGCCACGGUGCAAAUAUUGAUGUUCUCCAUUCUCGCCUGCAAGACCAAAAUGAACGCUCCGCGAUGCCAUACAUUUCUCGAAAUCAUCCAAGUGAGGUACGGUACCUUGGCUCACUGUGUCUUCAUCUUCUUUGCCUUGGUCACCAAUAUCCUUGUUGGUUCUCAACUCUUGCUCGGAGGCUCUGCGGUCGUCACAACACUCACCGGCAUGAACGUAUAUGCCGCCAUAUUUUUGAUCCCGUUGGGUGUGGUGGCUUAUGUACUGAUGGGUGGGCUUCGCGCGACAUUCCUCUGUGAUUACUCACACACGCUCAUCUUGAUGGUCAUUAUUCUAUACUUCAUGUUCCAGGUGUAUGUAGAAAACAGCCUCAUCGGCUCUCCCACCGAGAUGUUCAAGCUCUUGAAAAAGGCAGCGAAUCUUCGACCGGUCGACGGCAACCAGGACGGCUCAUAUUUGACGUUGAAGUCCAACAAUGCUCUCAUCUUCGGUGUCAUCCAGCUUUGUUCCGGCAGCGGUACCGUGUUCCUCGACCAGGCGUACUGGCAGAGAGCAAUUGCUUCUCGUCCCACCACUGCUGUGCGAGCAUACAUCCUGGGCGGCCUGGCUUGGUUCGCCAUUCCAUUUGGCUUCGCCACCACAUUGGGUCUCGCCGCGGUUGCAUUGACGGACAACCCUGCGUUUCCCACCUAUCCUGAUCCCCCCACGUCGGACCAAAUAUCUGCCGGUCUCGCCGCGGCGUUCUCUUCCAGUACCCUCCUCGGCAAGAAUGGUGCCGUGGCGCUUUUGAUCACUCUCUUCAUGGCGGUCACUUCGUGUGCAUCCGCAGAACUCAUUGCCGUCUCGUCGAUUCUCACCUUCGACAUCUACAAGACUUACAUCAAGCCGGCGGCGACUCCUCAGAACCUGAUCUUCAUGGCCCACGUCAACGUGGCUGUCUUCGGGCUGACCAUGGCCAUUUUCGCCAUCAUCUGGCACGUCAUCGGCAUCGAUCUGGGCUGGUUGUUCUUGGUCAUGGGCCUGUUGAUAGGUGGCGCCGUAUUCCCGGCCGCGUUCGCCAUCACGUGGAAGAAACAAAGCCGAGCGGGAGCCAUCGCUGGUGCAUUGUCCGGUCUCGCCGCGGGUCUGACAGCGUGGCUCGCGGAAGCGCAGGUGUACUAUGGCGAGUUGACACUGGCCUCCACGGGAUCCAACUAUGCCACGCUCUCCGGGAACCUCGCAGCCGUCAUGACCGGCCUGAUCGUCUCGGUCGUCGUGUCCCUGAUAAAACCCGACGAUUACGACUGGAGCACGACCCGGGCCAUCAACAUCGAACACGCUUCCUUCCACGGGGGCGUCGAGCCGAAGGAUGCUCAUACUCGCGAUGUUGUGACGGAAAAGACAGGUACGACUGGGGCUGAUGGCAAACAAGCCACUAAGCAAUCCAGCGACGACGAAUCCCCCCCGCCUGCUUCUCCCGUCAUUGAACCCGCCACGACCGACGAGAAAUACAUCUCCUCCAGCCGAGACCGCCGAGACUCGAUCCGCAUCGACGAGGAACGUCAAAUGUCCCUCGACGCCGCGCUAGAAGAGGACCCCAGCCGGUUGAGGUCCGCCUUCAAACUCGCCUGCUGGGCGUCGUUCGUCCUCCCGUUCAUCAUGGACUUUUUGAUCCCCAUACCAAUGUUCCUGAGUCACUAUGUGUUUUCGGUACACUUUUUCACCGCCUGGGUGGUGAUUAGUUUCAUCUGGGUGUUUAGUUCGGCCUUUAUCUCUGUCGCAUUGCCGAUAUGGGAGACCAGAACCUUUUUCAAACAAUUGUCCACCGAGAUUAUGGCGGAUAUCAGGGGAAGGAGAUGAAGUUGAAGACGU